CCAUCUAUUUUUUCGGGAUUAGAGCUUAUUGUUAAUCGGGUUACUUUGGGUCACCGUGAUGCUGGUGGGGCCUCGUCUCAUUACGACCUCCUAGCCAGUUUUGGCAUUGGGCACAAGGCAACAUUUCGAAUCGAAGAUCUAGAAGCAGAACUUGAUUAUUUCCCUGGAACAUUAGUAAGUAUUUUGGGCAAGGUUUUGGAGCACUCUGUUGGUCCCUGGAAAAUUGGAGAAAGAUUUGUUGUUGCACAUUUUAUGAAGGAUAAGGUUCAUGAU